ACUUAUCAUUCAGUCUAGCAGCAGAAUGAUCAGCUGUGAGGUCACCGUGUUGUUACUCUACUUGUCAUGUUUUGUAGCCGGUUCACGAUUUAUACCCUUAAGUGAACGAGUCCCUGGAGGUUUAUUAGGAAACAAUGAUAAUCCCAUUCCAAUUGAAGAGUACAUCAGCCAACAUGGAUAUCCCGUGGAAGACCACAAUAUCACGACACAGGACGGCUAUAUUCUGACGUACCACCGUAUCCCGCACGGCAAGUCUGGUCCUCAGAGGAACCGACCGGGACCGCCUGUGUUGUUACAACACGGACUCUUAUGUGCCAGCCCCGUGUGGGUCACAUCCGACAACUCUUUGGGUUUCUCGCUGGCGGACGCGGGGUUCGACGUGUGGCUGGGUAACUCCAGGGGUAACACCUACUCCAGGAAACAUAUCAAGUACGAUCCUGACAGAGACAAAGAAGCUUUCUGGGAUUUCAGCUGGCACGAGAUGGGCUAUUAUGACCUUCCCGCGUCCAUUGAUUAUAUACUAAAUGUGACCGGCCACGAGAGACUGUUCUACAUUGGUCACUCUAUGGGCACCACCAUGUACUUCGUGCUGGGGGCCACCAGACCAGAGUACAUGGACAAGGUUCAAGCCGCAGUCACCAUGGCUCCUGUUGUGUUUCCUUGGAAUGUUCGUGGUGCGUUCGGCGCGUCCAUGAACAGCUUAACUCCCUUUCUAAAUUGGUUGACCAAACUGCUGGGUUUGUACGAGAUAAUGCCCCGCUCCUCCAAAGUGUUGUGGCUUGAUCGUCAUGUCUGUGCCAACCCUAGACUCCAAGUUAUCUGCAGCGAUUUCGUUUUUGCUAUCUGUGGUUUUGAUAAAAAGGAACUGAAUAUGACCGUAUUUCCAACUAUACUCGAAUAUUUACCAGACGGCGCAUCUUUCAAAGAACUAGAACAUUUCAGCCAAAUCCGACCGAAAGGUUCAAAUUUUAAACAGUUUGACUACGGUUACAUCGGUAACUUGUGGAGAUACGGUUCGUACUUCCCCCCAACCUACAACCUGACCAACGUGAGAGCCCCCUUGUACAUCUACUACGGCCAGAAUGACUGGGUGGCUGACCCUCAGGAUGUAUUCUACACUGUAUCUCGCCUACCCAACGUGAAGAAAGUGAUCAAAGUGGCUAAUGACCAGUUUAACCACAUCGAUUUUAUGUGGGCCAUCGAUGCUAAAACUCUUAUCUACGAUGACGUCAUUUCUACAUUCAAUAAAUAUGUUUGUAUCAGUGAAAUGGUCAGUACCGGGGCCGGUCUACUCGCAGUCCUAGUGACGGCGAUCUUGCACGUGCAGGUCUCUGCAGCAGGUGACUGCAAAUCUAUAUUUUGCUUCAGCAUUUUUUCAAGAAAAAUAGACGUCAAAGUUAAUCUGUUCGACGAUGCAGUACCACUACCAAUUGAGGAACACGUUGCACGGAUGGGUUACCGUCUGGAGAACCAUGAUAUUACUACAGAAGACGGCUAUAUCCUGAGAUACCAUCGCAUCCCCUACGGAAAGUCCGGUCCCCAGCAGAGUCUGCGCCCCCCUGUACUCCUGCAGCAUGGCCUACUGGCUGCCAGCUCGGCCUGGCUUCUGUCAAACCACUCACUAGGCUACACGCUGGCAGACGCAGGCUUUGAUGUGUGGCUGGGUAAUGCUAGAGGUAACACUUACUCCAGGAGACAUAUCAAGUAUGAUCCUGAUAAAGAUGAAAACGAGUUUUGGGAUUUCAGCUGGCAUGAGAUGGGCUAUUAUGACCUUCCCGCGUCCAUUGAUUAUAUACUAAAUGUGACCGGCCACGAGAGACUGUUCUACAUCGGUCACUCAAUGGGCACCACCAUGUACUUCGUGCUGGGGGCCACUAGACCGGAGUACAUGCAUAAGAUACAUGCCAUGGUCGCCUUGGCUCCUGUGGCUUUUCCUUGGAACGUCCGCAGCUCCCUAGCCAACUACCUUAAUAAACUGCAUUUUAUUUUAAAUGGAAUGGCGAGUGUUUUUGGGAUAUCUGAGGUGUUCCGACACUCAGACAGCAUGUUUUGGAUAGACCGUAACAUCUGUGCAAAGGAACAGUUCAAGUUUAUUUGCAAGGAAACAAUGAAAAUUGCUGGAUUUGGAGAAAAGGACCUCAAUAGGACUUCGCUCCUGACUGUGCUUCAAUACAUGCCAGCUGGGACAUCAUACAAACAACUCAGGCACUUCAGACAGAUUGCUGAUAGAGGUUCGGGCUUCCAGAAAUUUGACUACGGACUAUGGGGAAACUUAAGGAAGUAUUGUUCAUUCUACCCUCCGACAUAUGACCUGAGCAGUGUGAAGUCUCCUAUAUACGUAUACUAUGGGAUGAAUGACUGGUUGUCAGUUCCAGAGGAUGUUUAUCAUGCUGUGGAAAAAUUGCCCAAUGUCCAAAAAGUAACACCAGUACCUGAUGAUCAGUUCAACCACUUGGACUUCAUGUGGUCUGUGGAUGCCAGAACACUUCUCUACAAUGAUAUUAUCUCAACACUUCACAACUUGACUACUCACUGACUGCAGUUUUAUUACUUUUAAUUGUGGUAUUAGUUAUUAAUGUAUAUGUAGGAGUGUUUUGGUUAUUGAUGUCUACUUAACAAACCACUCUAUAAAGUGAAAAACAACCAUUCCUUUAAGUUAUCACACCUGUAUAUUUAAAUGUAUUAAGUUUCAGAUAGUAUUAAAUGUUACAUGUAAUGAUAACAAACACAAGCACAUACAUAAAGUAGUAUAUGAUUCAAAUUCUUUAUUGAGUCAUGUGCUUCAUCUACUGUACUGACAUGUCUAAAAUAUCACUUGUCAGGGAGGUUUUGAGUGAUUAUCAUAAGGUGGCCCAAUCAAUAUUGGAUUUGGAAAAUAUUUUUUAUGUUAAAUCUAGUCUUUUAAGAUAUUCUCCCUAUAUAAAGAAAAAGUAGAAAUCGUUUAAUCACUUCACAUGAGAUAACAAAGUACGGUUGAGAAUUUUGUAGUUUAAUUGAAAUAAAAAGAGUUACAGAAAGUACAUGAGUUAUAACUACAGAGACUGACAUGCUUUUUUUUAUUUAUGGCUUAAUUUUUAAAAUGAAAUGUAAUUUUAUUCCCUAUUCAGGCAAGUUAUCUUAAAGAGCUAUAAAUUUACCAUAAGAACUAUUCCAACCCCAAAACCUUAAUUCAACAUUAACAUGACCAAAUUAGCGAGAAUAACAAAAGAUACUCAUUUAACUAAAGUAGUGAAGAACAUGGCCAAGCAAUUCCAUAACAAUGCAUGCAAUAUACAAAAAUAUUACAAUGAAAAGAUAACUAAAUUCCAGAAAUAUAAUAAAAUACAACUUGGAAGGUAAUAAAAUGAGGAGGUGGUUAAAGAAACAACUGAUUUGAACAACCUAUUACUAUAUUACAAUGAUAAAUUACAUUCAAACCGUAACAAAACGUCUAAAUUAUUACACAGGUAUUUUGUUAGUACAGUGGAUAUAUUUAGAACAAAACAAAUCUUUUUAUGGUGAUAAUAUGACAAAUAUAUCAAAAAUUUUGAUUUACUUUAAACUACUUCAGCUGAUGUUAGUAACAUAGUUGAUUUAAAACCAAGUCUUCCUCUGGGUACGAUGAUGUUCCUUUAACCAACAUGUAAAGGGUUUAUAAGACACAACAUUUUGAGCCACUUAAUAAAUUCCCACUAUAUUUCUGAAAUCUUUCCUGACAAAUUUCAAAAGUAAUCUUUAUUCAUAAAAAAGAAAACAAUAUCAAAUUUCAGACUUGUGUCACUGUUACCAAUCAUUUCAAAGAUUUAUAAGUAGGUAAUGCAUAAUAGAUAAGAUUCCAUAGAUAAGAACGAUUUAUUUGAUGAUGUACAGCGUGGUUUUCAUAACAUCAGGUCCACAGUAACUGGUGCCAUUAAAUUUAUUGAAUCUAUAUGAUUCAGAAAACAGGCACGAAAAAGUAAUUGGUAUGGUAAGUAUGGACCUAUAAAAUAAAUUUGAUAGUGUGUCACAUGAUAUUCUGUUAUGUUAUGGGGAUUAACAUUAAAAUGGUUUACAUCAUACCUGUGUAAAUAAAUUACAGUUUGUGGAACUAAUUCAUAUUCCGGAAAGUUGGAUGACUUUUGUAAGGUUACCAGUACAGCACUGUGCCAUAGAAGAUUCACAAGGAUCAAUACUUGGCCCUCUUCUUUUCCUAUGUUACAUUAAAGGAUUCCCACACUGUUUGUUUGUCAUUGCUCAAAAUAUCCUAAGUUUAUAUGCACAUGAUGCAAAUAUAAAAAUAUUAGGUUGGAAAUUGGAAGAAAUUUAAUUAUGGCAAUUAUAAAGAUCAAGUUAUUCAACACGCAACAAUUUUUAAAUUCUUAUAACCUUAAAUGGUUCAAAAACAAUAUUUAUAUAGGCCUAAUUUUCAACUAGGCAUUCAAAUAUAUAUUGCAUAGCAUCUCUUUAUAAGGAGGUAUAUCUAAUUUGAAUCUAAAUAAAAUUUAAUUACUUAAAAAAAUUAGAAUAAUUCUUGAAUUGGGUUAAAGAGAUUCUGUAAAGAAUAAAUACAAAGACUCAAGAUAAUGACAGUACAUGAUCUUUAUAUAGUUCAAACUUUAAUAUAUGCUAAAGAACAUCAGCCUGUUAUCUCAGUGAAAAGGAGAUUGUUACAAAACAAGAGACUGAACAGAGGUACAAAGUGUGUGUAAUACAUGUGAUAACUUACGUUUUUGACAAGGCGAAUUACAUCGGCCUAAAGUUGUAUAGAAUGCUACCAAUCUCAAUGAAAUUCUUAGGGUCAACUAAACAUUUAAAAAGCUAUCUAAAAACCUAUUUAUUAGCUUAGCACCUUACUGAAUAAUAGAAUUUGAAGAAUUGUCUACUAGGUAAUAUGUUAACAGUAGUUAUGUGUUUUUGUGAUUUAUUUAUUAUAUUAUAAUUGUUAUUUAUUUGACGUUACUUGUAUGUGUUACAUUGUUUUUGUUUCAGUUGCAUUGUAUAAUAUAGUUAUAGUUUCUAUUCAUGACAAUAUUCAUUGUACAUUGUAAAAACUGAUAAAUAAAGAGAUUCUGAUUCUGUA